AUGACCCCGUUCACCAAGAUUACCCUGGCCCUCUGUGCCAUCCUUUCCACCCUCCUGCCACUUACACAAGCCCAAGCACCCCAAGGAAAGCCCUACACAGACCCAAAAACAAACAUAACCUUCUCCACCUGGGAAAUCGGCGAGACUUCUGGCGCAGGCCCAUUCACAUUCGGGCUUGCCUUGCCUUCCAAUGCGCUAAAAACCGACGCUACCGAGUUCAUUGGGUACAUGAAAUGCGCGCCUGCAAAUGGCUGGUGCGGCGUUUCUCUCGGCGGGUCAAUGACGAAUGCCCUACUCGUCGUUGCAUACGCAGACGACAAACAGAAUGUGAAACAGACCUUGCGGUUUACGGCGGAGUAUACCCUGCCUGGUGUGUAUGAGGGGAAUGCAACAAUCAAGCCGAUUGCAUCAGAAGUCAGUAAAGAUUCCUUCACCACGGUCUUUCGGUGUGAGGAGUGUUUGCGGUGGGCGCAGAAUGGGACGGAGGGUGCGGCUGCGACGAGUAGUGGGAAUUUGGACCUGGCGUUUGCUGUUGAGGCGGAGGGGCCGGAGGAAGGGUGUGCAGAUGAGGCGAAGCUUAGGAAACAUUCUGGACAGGGGACUUGGGUGGGUUUCGUGGAUAAUAGCACUGUCAGUGAGAGUUAUGAGAAGUGGGCUGGGACGGCGGAGACUGUACGUGGGGGUUGUUAG